AUGAAGCUGACUCUUCUACAGCACCCUACUCUUCCCAGUGGCUAUUUGGUGCGUUUGUCCCAAGCGCAUAGCUUUCAAUGCCACAAAUCCGCUCAGUUCUCGAGCUCCAGCCAAUCUAAUGAACGACUUGGCCGCCGUGCAAAAGAGAAGCAACUUGACCGAGUAUGUGAUGUGAAGCAGUAUUUAUCUCGUUUUAAAGCCAAUCCUUCCAAACCUACAUCCAAGCCCACCAAUGAAUCUCCUAAGGAGCCCACUCUGGAAUCAGAACCGGAAUCCUUGCAGUCUGGUGUGAAUUUAGGCUCUUUUUAUGGUGCCUCCAGGGCAGUAUAUGACAGUCCUGUAUUCCGACAAGAUUCUACACCAGCUCCCCAUGAACUGGACCUACCAGAACGACUGCAUCUGGCGUUGAUUAAAAUCGCCACACCGCAAUCUCUUGAUGAUCAAACUAUCGAUGGAGUGGCCAAAACAUUGACGCAGCUGGUCCGUCUGGGAAUGGCAUGUUGCGUUGUGAUCGACCCAGGAAGCAUGGAUAAUGUCGCUUCAUUACGGCAAACUGCCAUCGAACAAGCUAAUCGGAUCUCGACAGCAGUCGAUGCACAGCCUGACUCAAGGUCUCUCCGUCUGGACUCGGCCUUGUCGAUAUCGGAUGGAGUGCCUGGGCUUCCUCUAAUUACGUCCCGUAAUGAUCUUCUGAGACCACUUCGAAACGGGCAAGUUGUCAUUGUCACUCCAAUUGCGUAUACAGAAGAAACCCCAAGAGCCGUUCCAAUUUCAGGAGAUGAUGCCGUGCUUGCACUAACCAAGGAAUUCGCCGGGCUUUCGAUUCGUCCAGAUCCAGAUGAGGACCCUGCAACCACUGCCGAGAGAAUCAGUACUUUGCAGAAGGAGGUCUCACUGGAUCGGGUGAUUCUAUUACAUCCCCUUGGAGGUAUUCCGGCCAUCAGAUAUGUCCAAGCAUCACACGCCUUCAUCAACAUGGAACAGGAGUUCGAUGGUAUUGAAGAAGAGCUACUCGAAGUCCAGCGUUCCAUAGAGGACGAUUCUGCAACCAGUAAAAACAUCCAAGGGGCGAUUUCCUUGCUGAACAGCAAUCCCUUCUCCAAAUUCACGAAUAAGGAAAUAGCCUCGCCACUACUGGAGCAGUCAACUCAGCUUCCUGAGACGGUGGUGUUGAAACCGAUCGUCGAUAGCCACCUGGCCAACCUGCGCUUAUCACAGCGAGCACUUGCUAUGCUGCCGGCAAGCGCUUCGGGCAUAAUCACAUCUCCACAGGAGGUCGCAACUUCCGCGAAUACCCCACAGACCUCCCCUUCAGAUGUAUCUGCUGUUGGAACCCGACGUCAGCGUAACCCUCUCAUCCAUAAUCUUCUUACUGAUAAACCACUCCUUUCGUCCUCUCUCCCUCCAGGGCGUCGCGGCGCUACAAAUGGCAAACUCAGUUCAAUCAGCCAAGUUGCAACGCCCACAACAUUCGUCAAGCGGGGUAUGCCCCUGACGCUUCUUCCAAAUCCACGCCUGCAGGCGUGGACUGCUCAAAGCCUACCCCGACUACAACUCAAUGGACCAUCCAUUGACCUACCACGACUAGUUCACCUCAUUGACGACUCUUUUGAUCGAAAGCUUGACGUCCAAGAUUACUUGGAAAGAGUUAAUGACCGCAUUGCCGGUCUAAUUAUCGCCGGAGAGUAUGAAGGUGGUGCAAUCCUGACCUGGGAAACCCCACCCGGCGUAAUCGACGAUGGCAGUCCGGAGAGCGCUGCCCGUAUGGUACCAUAUCUGGACAAAUUUGCUGUCCUUAAGCGUAGCCAAGGAGCGGGUGGCGUGGCUGAUGUGGUUUUCAAUGCCAUGGUUCGAACCUGCUUCCCUAAUGGGGUCUGCUGGCGUAGCCGUAAGGACAAUCCGGUCAACAAAUGGUAUUUUGAGCGGUCGUGCGGAAGCUGGAAGCUGAAUGACAGCAACUGGACCAUGUUCUGGACUACACCAGGUCUGCCGGAGGACAUACAGCGAUUCCAGGAUUAUGAGGCUGUCUGUCGAUCCAUCCAGCCAAGCUGGGCAGACAAAAAAAGCGUUAUUGAUUAA